AUGGCAUGGAAUGAAAUGAGUGAUAUCAAUAAGAUUAAUGGAAAAUGCAUUGAAAUUAGAACAAAGAAUGGGAUGUUUAUUUUAAUUUAUUGUAGUUCAAAAGUGAAUGAAUUGUUUGAUUCAUUAAUGGAAAGUUGGAGACGAAGCAUUAUUUUCUCGGAGAAACUCAAACAAAUAACAAAGAGACAAAAAAAUGAGACAAUUGACAAAAAUAGUAAUGACGAGGGGAUUUUAAAAGAAGAACCAAAACAUGUUGUGACAAUACAUCGUUUUCAUAAAAGUGCGAAUGAUUUAUUUAUGUUAGUGUUCAGCAAUAAUGAAACUGUCAAACAACUAUUUGACAACAUUGGACAAAAGGAAGUUAAAACUGAAGGAUGGCAAAAUGAAGCUAAUGGAGGAAAAAUACUUUAUUUAUCAUACAAAGGAGUUUCAAGUGUUAUUGGGAUGGAAACAAGAAUAGAAGAGAAAUGGGAAAUGAGAAUGAAUGAAAAUGGGAUUAUGAUAGCAAUGGUAGUGAGUGUAUUUGACAUUCCAUAUUCUAGUUAUUUUAAAAUUGAAAGUUUGAUGAAAAUGAAAGAUGAAGGAGAAUAUUGUGAUAUUGUUGUCAAACUCAAUGUUAAAUUCAUGAAAAGUACUAUUUGGAAGAACAGGAUAGAACAAACAACAAUGAAGGAAUACAAAAAUAAAUAUGAAGAGUGGAUGAAAUUAAUUGGGAAGAUGAUUGGAGACUCUCAAUUUGAAGAGACUGAAGAAUAUAACAGUAUUAAACAAAAAUCCAUAGAUAAGAAAAAAGUCAUUUAUGGAAUGAUCAUUCUUAUUACCAUUUGUAUUGUCUGUUGCUUAUUAUAUUUAUUAAUAAAAAUCUUACAUUAA